GCGCUCAAGAAGACUGCCAUGAAAUUCGAUUAGUUUGCAGUUUGUGCAAGUUCAUCCGAUAGCGUUAUACCUUUAAACGUUACUUUCUGGUCCUGAGUGGAGUAGACAUGGCUGACCAGGAAACUGGCCCCACUGGGCUGGGUAAGAGGGCUGCAGCAGGUGCUGCGGUUUUCAAAGUGCGUGAGGCUGCAAUGGCUAUUCUUCAAACAGAAUCUACUGGUAACCUGAAAGUACAAAAACGGAUUGUCCCAUCGACUCCUUUCAUUGUACCAGAACCUUCCCUGAAGCCAUACAAGCGGCCCCCCACUCUGCUAUUGCCACCUUCGUACAGCGCCAACCCAGUUGGAGGGUUUGUCUGUGAGGUGUGCGGCCAGAACUUCUUCUCUUUUCCUCAGAUGGUGAGACACAAACAGUUCCACGACGAAGAAAGGCCCUUUCCCUGUGGUGUGUGUGGGAAACGUUUCCUGAGCCGCAGCCACUACACUGAGCACCAGCGUGUUCACACUGGGGAGCGCCCCUUUCCCUGCGACCAGUGUGAGCGCUCGUUCACCACACACCACAACCUGAAGCGUCACCAAACCAUUCAUGCCAAAGAAGAGGCGUACCGCUGCCGGAAAUGUGGCGUGCUCUUCUGCCAGCGUCACGAGUACCCCAGGGGCAUACCCAGACCCGACCUUGAGCCUCGACCUGGGUUUGAGUCCACGUCCACGAUGCAACCCACGCCUCCCAUUCAGGUCACACUCACACCCAAGCAGCUUAAGAAGCUUAACAAGAAGCUUAACAAGAGCCAUGAUCUCUCAACCAAACAUGAUCAUUCUAAAAAGAAGAAAAAGAGGAGUAGAGUCAAACAUCCAGGCCCAGCAGAGAAAGUACAUUCUGUGCCUCAAGAGGAACUUUGGCCUGUGUUGUUAACUAGAGACAAAUUGCAAAAAGUUGCUUAUGACAUUGAGGUUAUUCUUUGAUUCCACAUGAUGAUAAAACAAAUGGGAUAAUCAGUCAGAUCAAGAUUUUAAAAAUAUGACGUUUGUUUUGUUUAAUCUCCACCGAUGUGGACACACUGUUUCAGAAAGGAGUUAUACAGUGGGGAAAGAAAGUAUUUAGU